GACGUCCUAGUACUCCACGAGCCCAUUCCGUCUCGCUUCUCCCAGAUGGCUUCCUCUCCAUCUCCUUCACUGUUCGUAACCUUUACAAUGCCUUUUGUGCGCGUCCUACCUGUAGUCGAAUAGACCCCAAGCAUCAUCCAUCACGACCUCGUCAGCCUCUCGCAGUGCUCCUCCAUAAAUGGGUAACUCGUCCUCUUCCCACCCACAGCCCCCGCUCAUCGCGCUCAACGGCGGCUCCCUCGGCAGGCACAACACCAUCUCCGUCCCUGCCGAAGCCUUUGCUGGGAAACGGGCGCCUGAGAAAUGGUGCAGAUUGAGAGGCAAAAGCAAUUAUACCCCAAAUUACCGCCCAGUGUUCCCAGAUCCGUGGUCGUACCUUCCAUUCCCCCCGCCGAGGGUGGGAAGACGACCGUGGGGUAGGAGGGGCUGGAGAGGAGGUGGAGAAGAGACGCUGAGUGAGGGUGACAUGAGCAUGCGGCCCAGGAGAAGAGGUAGAGGAGGAGUGGGUAGGAUGAGAGGAGCGGGCAUGGGCUUGAGGCGGGGAGGGGAGAUGAAUAUGGAUGUGGCAUAUGUGCCAGGUAUGCAUGGUGUGGUGCCCUUGCCGAUGGUGUACCCCUAUGAUGCCCAGGGCGCGAGGGCGAGGAGUGCGCCGAAUUUACAACAGGCGGGCUAUAUGUCUAUGCCUGUGCCUGUGCCUAUGCCGGUGCGAAGAGGCAGGGUGAAGAAGGGUGUAAAUCCGACGGGGGGAGUGCAGCCGGGCGUGCUUCCUCACUAUGCGCCUGUGCGUGUGAAUGGAAUGGCGCCAGGACCAGCGCCAUCGCCGUACGCAGCUCAAGCUCAACCUCUGGCCCGGAUGCCGGCGCGCGCACCACCGCCUCAGCAGCAGAAAAUGCGUCAUCCCCACCCGCCCGGCGUCGAAGCAGUCGCGAACGGCGUCCACUUCGCACACCCUUCAUCACAACGUGCCCCUGUCCGGCGCAAGCCUAGCGCACCCCACGUCUCCGCCCAACUCAACCGCACACAACCCCCAUCCAAGCGCGCCGGGCCCUCGGGCCAGGAGUGGCUCCCCUCCGACAACGCGUUCCUGGAUGCAUGCACGUGCACCACGAACUGCAAUUGUCGGAAAGGUGUGCGCGUGCUGUAUCGGCAGCAAGGUCAGGGUGACGGCGAGGGGGCGCAAAAUGUGGAAACGUGGGGUGAGAUAAGGUAUGUGCUGAAAGACGAUUUGGGGCGGGAUUGUGGGGAUUCAGGGAGGUGUAGGGCGGAUGGCGAGGGUGAUAGUGGUGGGGGUGGGAGGAGGAAAGGGAAAGGGAAAGGUAAGAAAGGGGAGGGCGAACAGGGUGGAGAGGUGGACAAGAUGAGGGAAGAGUUGAAGGGGUUGAGGCAGGAUAUUAGAAAGAUGCGGCUCGGAGGUACGGCGAUGGGGCCUGGGAUGAGCAUGGCGAGGAUGCCGUCUCCGAGGGCAUGGCCGGGUAUGGAGAUGGAUCCACGGAUGUCACAACGUAUAGGCGCUGGGGACCCGUAUGACAUGGAUUUCACACUGCGGAUGCAGCAGCAGCAGAUGAUGGGACGGCGACCUGGCCGGAUGCCCGGUAGAAUGGCAGGGAUAGAUCUAGACGACGAGCGCUCCUUUCCAGACGCAGAGUACAUGCUAGACCCAAUGAUGCACCCCGACAUGCCUCGCCUGCCUCCGCACCUCAGGAACCCCGGAGCGCGACGCCCAAAGCAGCGUCGAGGACCACCAGGUCGGCUACCACCCCGCAGAGCGCCAGACUUCGAUCCACACAUGGAAUAUGCACCGCAUCAAGGACGUCGAGGGAAUAUGCCCAUGCCCUUGCCGCGCCGACGAGGCGGCGGAGCCCCGCCCCCACCGCCAGGCUACCAUUUCGACGACGAGAGCAUGGGCAGCGGGCUUGACGGGCGAGGACGUUUCGGCCCCAUGGAUGACGACGAGGGAAAUUGGGCCCCGCGCCCUGGUAAGCCGUUCAGCGAAUUAGGUGCAGCGCAUCCUGACAGGUAUACCACAGGCAUCGACAACGAGUUCAACAUGGCACCGCCGCCGCCGCCAGGGCAAAGCCCCCGAGGCCGAGGCCGAGAGAGUGGAUCCGAGGACAGGCCAGAAGGGCGCAGACCGAACCAGGCGUAUGUGGAUGAUGGAGAUGACUAUUAGGCCGCAGCCAGCGGAGUGAUGUCCUGGUACCUUCGUACGACCGACCAGUUUCGCGUGUGCUGCUCCUCAAACACCCACCGUCAUCGUGGCAUCAUUCGAGACACGGUGGCUCCUGUGCCUCUCUCUGUGCCACACGGCGAGCCUGACGCCCAAAACGAGGUUCCUCGUCAUAGAAGCGCUGACC